AUGCGUAACGAUGAUGAUGAAUGGAGAGGCACAACUGAUCCCAGUGUGCGACGCAGAGUGCAGAACCGACUGAAUCAGAGAGCAUAUCGACAGCGCCGACAGAUGCUCGGGAUUCUGGAUAAACCACCAAAGAAGGCUACCAGGAAACCGGUAUCUCAACACUUGAACCACGCCGAUAAGAGACGUCCCGGAUCAGUCCCUACCGGAGCCGAAAGCCUAAGCUGCCGAAGACAGGCGGAGGAUAAGAGCCACGUUACUGGCAGGCUCGAGGCCCGUCAUCGGAAAUUUGAUGACAAACAAUACGCUUCUUCCAGUGCAAGUGUCGAUCCGUCACUCUGGUACACCAAUCCCGCUGCAGUGGUUGUGAUGUUCCAGGAACUGAAGCUUGGGCGCCACGCAGAGCGUUCACCAUCCAAUGAUCACCUCUUAGGUAUAAUGCAGUUCAACGUGAUGAGAGCUUUUGGAACCCUAAGCUCUAUCAUUGGAUUGUCUUCAGACAAUUUAAUAGAUGAUGGUGCAUUGUCUCCGUUUUCUUCAUAUACAUAUUCAGCUCAUAAUAUACCACACUUCCGACUACCAAAAAGCCUCGCGCCAACAGCUCUACAGAGAUCCAUUCCACAUCACCCAUGGAUUGACAUAUUGCCGUAUCCCCAGAUGAGAGAUAACCUUUUAUUACUUGAGUCUGGUGUAAGUACAACGAUGGAGAAGCGCCAGUACGAUGCAGAUAGCCUAUGCCACUGGAUGGUUGGGCUCGACACCUGCCAGAAAGAGUCUGGCCUCAUCCUGUGGGGAGACCCAUGGGAUCUAGCCUCAUGGGAAGUAACAGCAGAGUUUUUGAAUGAAUGGGGUUGGACUCUGGAAGGCUGUGUUGACUUAUUUAGGUCGACGGAUUACUGGAGGGCAAGGAGAGGGGAGAGGCCUCUCUUUAGAAUGGGACACUAA